AUGGACGAAGGUAGUCCCACGGCGCGGACGCGCAUGUUUAUUACGGCGGUGGUUGUCGGUCUUGCUAGCGGCUCCAACUAUGUUUAUUCUGGCUACGCGCCGCAGCUCGCCUCGACUCUCGACAUUACGUCGACAGACUCGAACUUGAUCGGCCUGGGCGGUAACCUUGGCAUGUAUAUUACAGGUCCCAUUUGGGGCCUUGUCGUCGACCGUCGUGGUCCGCAGCUUCCGCUACUCUGUGCCUCUGUUCUCAACUUUGUUGGCUACACAGCUGUUCGCGCGUUCUACAAUGGUAUCCUCCCGAUCCGCAGUGCACCCGACCAGCCCGCGGCCCGACCGCUCAUAUUCCUCCUCGCGCUGUUCAUGUUCAUGACUGGUUCAGCCGGCAGCGCGGGCUUGACAGCGGCCAUGAACGCCGUCGCCAAGAGCUACCCCGACCGCUCGCGCGCAGCGUACACUGGCGCCGUGCUCGCCGGUUUCGGCCUCAGCGCAUUCCUCUUCAGCAUGCUGGGCCACUUCAUCUUCCACGGCGAAGCAGGCGGUCUCCUGCUUCUCCUCUCCAUUGGCACCUCGGCACCCCACCUCAUCGGCAGCUUUAUCAUCAAGCCCUACCCGCCACCGGAGAGCGAGGACCAGCACGAGGUCCACGACGGCCAGCCACUCGAUGACGAGCAGGAGUGUGCCCUCGCGCGCCAGGUGUCUCUCAGCGCCACGGCCGAGGGCCAGGUCUUUGGUCGUCGUUCGUCCGAGCUUGACGUCGAGCUCCUUGACGACUCACCAUCUGCCUCCGACCCUCUCAUUCGCAAACCACCCCACAACCGCAGCGACUCGACUGUGUCCCUCCCCCCGACCCAGAUCCACUUCACGCCGCUGGAAGCGAUGCGGAAAACGGACUUCCACAUUAUCUAUGCCGUCCUGGCGAUUCUCUGUGGAGUGGGGCUCGAGUGGAUCAACAACGUUGGCGCUGUGACGCUCGCUCUCGCCCGAGACGGAUGGGACUAUGACUCGCACCUGGUAGCCGAAUACCAAGCAAGGCAGGUGGCGACCAUUUCAGUGUUCAACUGCCUCGGCCGUAUCCUCGGUGGCGUCAUGUCGGAUACCCUCAAGCUCCGCUUUGGUAUCAAGCGCAUCUGGUUCCUCCCACUGGUUGCGCUCAUGUUCCUUGGCUCCGAAAUUGCCGUGCUCAACACUACAGAGGUGGCCCACCUGUGGCUCGUCUCUGCAUCCUUGGGACUGGCCUACGGAACCCUCUUCAACGUCAUGCCCAUGCUUGUGCUGGAGUGGUUUGGUAUGACGUACUUCAGCAGUAAUUGGGGAUUCGUCUCCACCGCCCCCAUCAUUGGCGGUAACGUAUUCAACCUCAUCUUCGGCCGGGUGUAUGACUCGAACACUGUGGGCCGUGUGGGCGCACCAGAGGGAAUUGUGUCAAGCGGGGUGAACUUGCUCCGCUCGCACACACGUGCCGCGGCAGUUCUCGGCCAUUUGACGCCCCGGUCUGCCGUUGCCGCUGCGGCUGUGGCAGCGACGGCCCCGGUGGCGCCUGGAGGAGGUGGUGGUGGGGACCGCGCCCAUGAGUGCCUCCUCGGUCCAGCAUGCUUCACCACCGCGUUCCAGAUCAGUGCGCUCGGCUGCAUUGUGGCCUUGGGACUGAGCAUUGUGGCGGGCGUGAGGCGUGAGCGUGCUGCCAGGCGCGACAAGCUGGCUCGUGCGGCUCGAGUUGUGCCUUCAUAA